GAGGCGGAGCCAGCGCCAUCUUGCUUUCUUAGCUGUGUCAGGGACACUGAGGGCACAGGGUGACCGGUAGAGCUCGCCUCGCUUUUUUUUCCAGCGCCGGUCCCAUUUGUGUAUUGCCACCCCAAGCAACAUCAUGUUGUCCAGAGUAGCUCUCGCUUCGGCCUCUGCUCUGAGGAACUCUGCACCCCUCAGUGUUGGCCUUUUGAACACAAGUAGGUCUUUUCACACUGGGAAGCCUGCCCUCGCUCCUGUUCCUCCCCUUCCUGAGAAAGCAGGGAAGGUUCGCUAUGGCCUGAUCCCUGAAGAAUUCUUCCAGUUCCUGUACCCCAAGACUGGAGUCACAGGUCCCUACAUGUUGGGUUCCGGACUUCUUGUUUAUCUUCUGUCCAAGGAAAUCUAUGUCAUAAAUCAUGAAAGCUUUGCAGCAGCCUGUAUUGGAAUAGUCAUUGUCUACAGCAUCAAGAAAUUUGGACCUCAAGUGGCAGAAUUUGCUGACCAGCUAAACAACGAGAAAAUUGCCAAGGCUCAGGAAGUUAAGGACAUUGCCUUAAAGAACCUGGAACAGGCAAUUGAGGAAGAGAAGAAAGAACAGUGGAGGGUUGAGGGCAGACACUACCUUUUCGAUGCCAAAAGGAACCACGUGAACAUGAUUCUGGAAGCUAACUAUAGAGAGCGGUUGUUGAAUGUCUACAAUGACGUCAAGAAGCGUCUAGACUACCAGGUGGCCCUGCAGCACCUGCAACGUCGCAAGGAACAGGAUCAUAUGAUCAACUGGAUUGAGAAGAAUGUGGUACAGAGCAUUACUCCCCAGCAGCAAAAGGAGAGCAUCACCAAGUGUAUCAGUGACCUGAAGCUUCUAUCCAAAAAUGCACAAGCUAGAGUCUAAUGUUUUUCGGUUUAUGAUGUACAAUUCUGCAUAUAUGGAUUCCAGCUGUCAAAGAACUGUACCAUAUAUAAAUCUUAAUUAAAUAUUUCUACACUA